CUAUUUUGUGCAAUAUUAUUUCCUACACAACAACAAACACACCGUGGACUUCUCAAGUAGGCAGUUAUAGUACGUACCACGAUGCAAGUAGUCUAACUGACCCGCCCGUGCGUCAAAGUAAGGCGUAGAGCCCCCCAAAUAAAAACACAGCACCUAAAUGUUGGGUUUCCCGGUUGCGACCUCGCUACGAGCCCGCUUAAUCAAUCUCAGUUACCGAUGACCCAAAACAUUGUAACUUUCGUUAUUACCGGACGUACAGGUUCCAACGACAUAAAUUACUGGCCCGAUGCUUCUUUGGGGGUCGCAAUUGCUAAAUGGGCAUUGUUCAUGCCUGUACAAUUUAAAUGGCUGGCUGCUGCACAAAGGCUAUUGUUGCGAAAAAUUAUCUGUGCCAGCAUCUGUCCGAGAAAAUAUCAUUGUAAUGGGGCUAACGUCCGACCACUUAAGGCUGUGGUUCAUGGGCAAUGCUGGUUCGCCUGCUUCGUGACGAUCUUAUUUAUAGGAGACUUCCGUAUAAUAUUUUUCCCAAUCCACACCACAUUCAUUCCUUUU